CUAUCGACUCGCCGUGACUGCUUCCUCCUUCCGCCUCCCUUCAAUCAAUGGAAUCGGCGCUCGAUUCUCUGCUGCCAAGGCUUGAGCGGGGUAGAGAAUCAAGAUGGCGGACAAGACGCCAGGCGGCUCGCAGAAGGCCAGUGCGAAGGCCAGGGUGCCAGACACAACUCGUUCCACUGGAUCACCAGACACUCAUCCGCUUUUAGAAAGCAAACUUAAAGCAUUCAGUAUUGGCAAGAUGAGUGCUGCCAAGAGAACUUUAAGCAAGAAAGAACAGGAAGAACUGAAAAAGAAGGAGGAUGAGAAGGCAGCUGCAGAAAUUUAUGAAGAAUUCCUUGCUGCAUUUGAAGGAAGUGAUGGCAACAAAGUGAAGACAUUUGUCAGAGGUGGUAUUGUUAAUGCAUCUAAAGAAGAACACGAAACUGAUGAAAAACGAGGAAAAAUCUACAAACCUUCAUCACGAUUUGCAGAUCAAAAAAAUCCGCCAAAUCAGUCAUCUUCGAAUGAGCGACCUCCAUCUCUUCUAGUGAUAGAAACCAAAAAGCCACCUUUGAAGAAGGGAGAAAAAGAAAAGAAAAAGAGCAAUUUGGAGCUUUUUAAAGAAGAAUUGAAACAAAUACAAGAAGAGCGUGAUGAAAGGCAUAAAACCAAAGGUAGAUUAAGUCGUUUUGAGCCACCUCAGUCAGAUUCCGAUGGUCAGCGCCGUUCCAUGGAUGCUCCUUCAAGAAGAAACAGAUCUUCGGGUGUACUGGAUGACUAUGCUCCAGGUUCACAUGAUGUAGGAGAUCCAAGCACAACAAAUUUAUACCUUGGAAACAUUAAUCCUCAGAUGAAUGAAGAGAUGCUAUGUCAAGAAUUUGGGCGUUUUGGACCUCUAGCAAGUGUCAAAAUUAUGUGGCCAAGAACUGAUGAAGAAAGAGCAAGGGAGAGGAAUUGUGGAUUUGUUGCCUUCAUGAACAGGAGAGAUGCUGAACGUGCACUAAAGAAUUUAAAUGGCAAGAUGAUCAUGUCCUUUGAAAUGAAACUAGGCUGGGGCAAAGCGGUUCCUAUUCCUCCACAUCCUAUAUACAUUCCUCCUUCUAUGAUGGAGCAUACUCUCCCACCACCUCCAUCAGGACUGCCAUUUAAUGCCCAGCCCAGAGAGAGGUUGAAGAACCCCAAUGCUCCGAUGUUGCCACCACCAAAAAACAAGGAGGAUUUUGAGAAGACUCUGUCGCAAGCCAUAGUCAAAGUGGUUAUCCCAACAGAAAGGAAUUUGCUUGCACUGAUACAUCGAAUGAUAGAGUUUGUGGUGCGUGAAGGACCUAUGUUUGAAGCCAUGAUUAUGAACAGAGAAAUCAACAAUCCAAUGUUCAGGUUUUUAUUUGAGAACCAGACUCCUGCCCAUGUAUACUACAGGUGGAAGCUCUAUUCCAUUCUACAGGGUGAUGCUCCAACUAAAUGGAGGACUGAAGACUUUCGUAUGUUUAAAAAUGGGUCGUUUUGGAGACCACCACCUCUAAAUCCAUAUCUCCAUGGGAUGUCAGAAGAACAAGAGCCUGAAGCAUUUGUAGAGGAGCCUAGCAAGAAGGGUGCGCUUAAGGAAGAACAGAGGGACAAAUUAGAGGAAAUCCUGCGUGGGUUAACACCGCGUAAGAAUGAUAUUGGAGAUGCAAUGGUUUUCUGUCUUAAUAAUGCUGAAGCUGCUGAAGAAAUUGUAGACUGUAUUGCUGAGUCACUGUCCAUCUUGAAGACUCCACUUCCUAAAAAGAUUGCAAGAUUAUAUUUGGUUUCUGAUGUAUUAUACAAUUCUUCUGCUAAAGUUGCCAAUGCUUCAUAUUACAGAAAGUUUUUUGAAACAAAACUCUGUCAGAUAUAUUCUGAUCUGAAUGCAACCUACCGAUCAAUACAAGGCCAUUUACAGUCUGAAAACUUUAAGCAACGGGUAAUGACAUGCUUCAGAGCAUGGGAAGACUGGGCGAUUUAUCCAGAACCAUUUUUGAUCAAACUGCAGAAUAUUUUCUUGGGGCUUGUAAAUAUUAUAGAAGAAAAGGAAACAGAGGAAGUACCAGAUGAUCUUGAUGGUGCUCCAAUUGAGGAAGAGCUGGAUGGUGCUCCCUUAGAAGAUGUGGAUGGAAUUCCUAUUGAUGUUCCUCCUAUCGAUGAUCUUGAUGGGGUCCCUAUUAAGACGCUUGAUGAUGACCUUGAUGGUGUACCUUUGGAUGCUUCUGAAGAAUCUAAAAAGAAUGAGCCAAUAUUCAAAGUUGCCCCUUCAAAGUGGGAAGCUGUGGAUGAAUCUGCCCUUGAAGCUCAAGCGGUAACAACAUCUAAAUGGGAAAUAUUUGACCAGCAUGAGGAAUCAGAAGAAGAAGAAAAUCAGAACCAAGAAGAAGAAAGUGAAGAUGAGGAAGAUACUCAGAGUUCUAAAUCAGAGGAACAUCACAUGUACUCCAAUCCUAUCAGAGAAGAAAUGCCUGAUUCCAAGUCUUCAAUCAAGUACUCAGAAAUGAGUGAGGAAAAGCGUGCCAAACUCAGAGAGAUUGAGCUGAAAGUAAUGAAGUUUCAGGAUGAAUUAGAAUCUGGAAAAAGACCUAAGAAGCCAGGCCAGAGUUUUCAGGAACAGGUUGAACACUACCGAGACAAAUUGCUCCAGAGAGAGAAGGAAAAGGAAAUGGAGAGAGAAAGGGAAAGAGACAAGAAGGACAAAGAGAAAUCUGAAUCCAGAUCCAAAGAGAAAAAGGAAAAAGAGGAAUGUACGCCAACAAGGAAAGAGAGGAAAAGGCGUCACAGCACAUCACCCAGUCCAUCCCGCAGCAGUGGAAGCAGGCGAGCAAAAUCACCAUCGCCAAAAUCCGAACGUUCUGAGCGAUCCGAAAGAUCCCACAAAGAGAGCUCACGGUCCAGGUCCUCUCACAAGGAUUCUCCCAGAGAUGCCAGCAAAAAAGCCAAAAGGUCACCCUCUGGCUCACGGACACCCAAAAGAUCAAGGAGGUCACGAUCCAGGUCGCCUAAAAAGUCAGGGAAAAAAUCCAGGUCUCAGUCCCGUUCUCCACACAGAUCCCACAAGAAGUCAAAGAAGAGCAAACACUGACAAACACUUAUUUUUUUAUGAUGCUGUCACUUACUGGAAAUGCGGUUUUGUUUUUGUGCCUGAACAGUCUGUUUAAAAACAAACAAACAAAAAAAAGCAUUCCUAAUUUUUUUUGUGAAUGCAUGUGUAUAUUCAUGAGUAACUGCAUUGGUAGACCUGUCAUUGUUUUAUAUUGUACAAAAUACCUUCAUUGUGGCUACUUCCCAGGAUGAGAUUUUUGUGUUUAGAGACUGUAACUGAUCUGCUGGCAGUAGUGAUACUUUGUUUUAGGAUGUUGUGACUUAGCAAAAAACCACAAUUGUUUCCCUCCCCUCCCCCCUUUUUGUAGCUUUGACAACUUGAAUUAGAUUUCAAAUAAAAUCUGAAAAGAAAAUAUAAAAAGUAGUGUCUUCUUGCCCUUCCAACAUUUGACACCCCUCCCCCCCCCCGCCAUAGUUUCAGUCCCAUGUGUUGGCAAUGUGAACCUCAAAUAAGAUUUUUCCAUAUGGUGGUCAGGUUGAAGAGCUGCUUUAGGUAUUUUGGGAGCCAUCUCAAUCAUACUCCCACUUGACAAUAAGCUUUACUUAAUACAGGAGCACUGUAGCAGUUUUGUAAUACAAAUGAUGUGCUGAAAUGCUUGUUAUGGGCUAUAGCCUGCAGGCACAUUGAAGAGUCCUAUUUUCUGCAUCCCUUACACUGUUGGCUGGUUCACAUUAACCAGUGAAAGUCAGUAAGUAGUCCAGGGGUUCCCGCAGUGCAUGUGCUCCCAUAUGGCAUGCCAUCCAAACCCAGCCAAGUCCAAUUGGCAGCUGGCCAACCUGACUUGGACUUCAGCUUUUGGUUACAAACCUCUUAACCAAACUAGGUUGGAGUCAGUAACAAGUUGAAUUGGCCAGUUGCCAACUGGACUAGGGCAGGUGUGGACACUUCCACAUGGGAAUGCAUGUGCUGUGGGAACCUCUUGUCCUUUCCCAGACUGCCUGCCAACUUUGAGCAGGUUGUGGGAACCUGCCUGUAUCUUAUUUUUCUAAGACAAGUUUAUAAUGGCACUUCUUUAUUGGAGACAGAUGAUCACUGUUGUAACUCUUUCCUAUAGGUUCUAGAACACAGGUAAGGAAAACAGGAUGUGGAUAUUAGGAGUCUCAAAUCCAAAUGUAGACUUUACUGUUUUGGCCCAGUCUCUUUUCCUGUAAAACUUUUGCUUUUGCCAUUCACAGCAUCAUCACAAUUAAAGAUAAAUUUUAAAUUUCAGUAAAAUAAAUUAGAGCAAUUUUAAUACAUUUCUGUAAAUAAGAAACCUGAUUUCUAUUCUAUGAACUUUUCAUACCAUUGCUGAUGAUACUGCUUGUAUUUCCGGUGGGAAAGUUGACGUUCCUGUCUGUAAUGCUCUGUUCUCUUUCAUAGGAAUGGUUGCGAGGUGUAUAGUUCCUUAGGGAAAUGAGAAGCCCUCUGACACCAGUAUUUAAAUGUUGGACUUGCAAGUGACAUCUUAGAUCAAAUGGUAUUGAAGUCACAGUAUUAGCGUUUUGGUUGUUUUCAUGAAAACAAGCUGUACUUCUAGAAAAGGCAUAUAAAAAACAAGAAUUUAAAAAAAACAACAAAUCAGCUAUACAUACUCAACAAAUAUUCUCAGAAUGAUCAUAACUUAAAACACACAAACAUCAUGAAUUGUCUUUAUAAAGUGGAUUUUAUUCUGGAUGAUAACCUUGUAAAUGCAUUUUUGUAUUGAAUUCUUCCUUUGGCUGUGAAAAUUGUUGAAAUAGUAGCAGAAAUUAGAUUUUUAUCAACUUCUAUCUUUUUCUAAUAUACUUGUACUCCUUCUUCCCUCCCCACAACUUUGAAUACUUUUUUGUUUUAAUUCUGAUUUUCUCCCAGCAUUCAUAUAACAUUGCACCUCCUCUGGGUCACUUGACUUUUUUUCCAUGAAAGAAAAGCCACGAAGGUUCAUUGUUUGUUUCCUGGAGGAGUGGGCAGAUUGUAAUAAAAAUGUAAAGUUCAAAGGGA